AUGGAUUUGCCAGAACUCCCACCGAGGAUGUUUACAUUAAGAGAAGAGCUCGCUGCAAUCAGGAGCAUUUCGUAUCAUUCUGAUGACAUGAAGUUGUUUAAAGCUCUAUGUGAUUGUCUCACAGCUGACGAAUAUGAGGAUCUGAAGGCGUCGAAGUUGGGAGUGUUCAUCAAAUUCAAGAAGCUUGAGUUUGGUUGGACUUCAAGGCUGGUACAUUUUAUGCUCUGUUUCCAUCUGGACAUUAAGAAGAAGUUUGAGCUCUGGAGUCUUGUCGCUUCACAACCUGCGAGGUUUUCACUGAUAGAGUUUGAACACCUCACUGGGCUGAACUGCGAUUACAUCAAGGACCUGGAAAAUCCAAGAGUGGCGUUUAAGGUGCUGAUGGAUUCUCUGAAGGCAAAAGACUUGACGCAAACAGGUUACACUGUUCAUGGUUUCAUACAAGUCGUCCAAGUGUGGGCGUACUAUGCUAUGCCAGAAUUGGGUGCUAAUUAUGGGUCUGCCGUACCAAAUAGACCGUCUCCACUGUUGCUGGCUUACAAGGGUGGCAAAGGACAACGCAAAUGUUUUAAGGCUGCUAUCAAAAAACAGAAUAACGUGAACAACUUCAUUCGGAAGGACCUUGAUGAAAUGUUUCCAAAAUGGGACGAAGACGUAGAUGACCCUGCUGCGGAUAACAUAAUUAAAGUCAUGUUUAAUGAUCCUGGAUGGAAGUGGACCAUGGACUGCUGGCAAGUCACCGGUACUCACAAGGUUGUUAAUAUGGAAGUGAGUCCAGGGAAGAAUGAAGUGAGUCCAGUGAAGACGGAAAAAAACUGCAAUGAAGUCAGAGAGUGUUGUGAAGGAAGAAAGUAGCAGACCUCGGAAGAAAGUAGCAGACCUCGGAAGAAAGCUCAUAAAGAGUCUUCUGUUUCUGGUGAGACACUUGCGGCGGGUAGUGAUGGCUAUGGGAUGACGAAACAGCAGAUUGA